ACCAGACAACCUGCGAUCUCUCCGACGCUGUACUUGGUGAAACAAACUUUUGUCUCCUCCACGGAUUACUGCCACUGCACCUCCUCGGGGCUCAGUCUCCACGCAGUGAGCGAGCGUGCGUCGUGCGCUCUUUUGGCUGCGUGCGGGCGAAGUGUGUGUGUGUGUGUGUGUGUGUGUGUGUGCGGGGGGAAAGUUCGAGCCUCGGUUCGGUGUGAUUACAUUUAAAGAACAAAAAAAGUCCUGCAAAAGUCUCUCCCGGUCCGGGGGCCACCGCUGCGAAGAUGCCGGUCCGCAGGGGCCACGUGGCUCCGCAGAACACCUUCCUGGACACCAUCAUCAGGAAAUUCGACAGUCAGAGUCGCAAGUUCGUCAUCGCCAACGCAAGAGUGGAGAACUGUGCCAUCAUCUUCUGCAACGAUGGCUUCUGCCACAUGUGUGGUUACUCCCGCGCCGAGAUCAUGCAGAAGCCCUGCACGUGCAACUUCCUGUACGGACCCGACACCAAGCGACUGGCCAUCGCCCAGAUGGCACAGGCCCUGCUGGGGUCGGAGGAGAGGAAAGUGGAGAUCAACCUCUACCGCAAAGAUGGUCAGUGCUUCUUGUGUAUGGUGGAUGUGGUGCCAGUGAAGAACGAGGAUGGCGUGGUGAUCAUGUUCAUCCUCAACUUUGAGGUCAUGUCAGACGAGACACUUCAAGACCACAAAGAGGAGCUCAACCACCGCCUGCCCACCUGGCUCGUCACCGGUCGUCCACGAGGCUUCAAGCUGCGUCUUCCCCUGCUGCACUCCCUGUCCAACAGUAAAGCGUCUCUGGAAGACGCUGAGGCCGGCCACAUCCCCACUGCUUUGCCUCUGCCGCUGCACUCAGACCCCCACAGUCCCGAGUCCUUGGGCCUGGGGGAGUUACUGCCCCUUCCCCCCUUACCACCAGACCACCAAGAACAAAUCAGUGGGAGCAGGUCAGCACUACAGAGUUGGCCAGAAGACCGCCACGAGGACCAGCGCACCUUACUGGGCUCUGGGCAUCCUGUACCCCCUACUCCACCUUCGCACAGAGCCCACCUGGUGGGUCCCCUGACCCAGUCGUCCCCCUGCGUAGCGCCCCACCACCACCACCACCGCCUCAGCCUCAACCCAGACGCCUCAGGCUCUAACUGCUCCCUGUCACAUAGCCGCUCGCGAGAAAGCUUCCACAGCAUGCGUCGCGCGUCCUCCGUAGACGAGAUCGAAGCCAUGAGGCCCGACUGGGACAGGAAGAACCGGAGGGCGAGCAUCCGGCCGGGCAGCAGCAGCACGGGGGCAGUAAACAGUAAAUCCAACAUACUGAACUCCACGUCAGACUCUGACCUCAUGCGGUACCGAGCCAUCUCCAAAAUCCCCCAGAUCACCCUCAACUUUGUGGACUUCAAACCCGACCCCCUCAUCGCCCUGCCCACGGGGGAGAUGGACAUCAUCGCUCCCUGCAAACUCAUCGACCGGACGCACCACGUCACCGAGAAAGUCACACAGGUGCUGUCUCUGGGUGCAGAUGUGUUGCCGGAGUACAAGCUCCAAGCUCCUCGCAUCCACAAGUGGACGGUGUUGCACUACAGCCCCUUCAAGGCCGUGUGGGACUGGCUCAUCCUGCUGCUGGUCAUCUACACGGCCAUCCUGACGCCCUACUCGGCCGCGUUCCUCCUCAAUGACCAGGAGGAGGUAGCCAUGCAGAGUUGUGGUUACUCCUGCUCCCCUCUCAACGUGGUGGACCUCAUAGUGGACAUCAUGUUCAUUAUUGACAUCCUCAUCAACUUCAGGACAACGUAUGUGAACACGAACGACGAAGUGGUGAGUCACCCCGUGCGUAUCGCUGUCCACUACUUCAAAGGCUGGUUCCUCAUCGACAUGGUGGCUGCUAUUCCCUUUGACCUGCUCAUCUACCGCAGCGGAGAGGAGACUACCACUCUGAUUGGUCUGUUGAAGACUGCUCGUCUCCUGCGGUUGGUCCGCGUCGCCAGAAAGCUGGACCGCUACUCGGAGUACGGCGCGGCCGUCCUCUUCCUCCUCAUGUGCACCUUCGCCCUCAUCGCUCACUGGCUGGCCUGCAUCUGGUAUGCCAUUGGUAGUGUGGAGAGGAAUGGUUCAAUCGGCUGGCUCCACACGCUGGGGGACCAAUUGGGAAAACAUUUCAAUGACUCCGUCCCAGGUUCAGGACCCUCCAUCAAAGACAAGUACGUCACAGCUCUGUACUUCACCUUCAGCAGUCUGACCAGUGUGGGGUUUGGAAAUGUUUCCCCGAACACCAACUCUGAGAAGAUCUUCUCCAUCUGCGUCAUGCUCAUCGGAUCCCUGAUGUAUGCCAGCAUCUUCGGGAACGUGUCCGCCAUCAUCCAGCGGCUGUACUCGGGCACGGCCCGCUACCACACCCAGAUGCUGAGAGUCCGGGAGUUCAUCCGCUUCCACCAGAUCCCCAACCCGCUCAGGCAGAGGCUGGAGGAGUACUUCCAACACGCCUGGUCCUACACCAAUGGCAUUGACAUGAAUGCUGAUGAUUGGAAGUCUCAGCAUGCAUGGUCCGACACCAUCAGAGAAAAUAGGAGAAAUGUGCUGAAAGGUUUCCCCGAGUGUCUCCAGGCGGAUAUCUGCCUCCAUCUGAACCGGACCCUGUUGCAGAACUGCAAGGCUUUCAAGGGCUCCACCAAGGGCUGCCUCCGGGCGCUGGCCAUGAAGUUCAAGACCACCCACGCGCCCCCGGGCGACACGCUGGUCCACGCCGGCGACGUCCUCACCGCCGUGUACUUUAUAUCCAGGGGAUCCAUAGAGAUACUGAGAGGAGACGUGGUGGUGGCCAUCUUGGGGAAGAACGACAUCUUCGGCGAGCCAAUCAACCUUUAUUCCCGACCGGGCAAAUCCAACGCUGAUGUGAGGGCUCUGACCUACUGUGACCUCCAUAAAAUCUUCAGAGAAGAUGUCCUGGAAGUGCUGGACAUGUAUCCCGAGUUCGCCGACCACUUCUGGAACAACCUUGAAAUCACCUUCAACCUCCGAGAUACCAACAUGAUCCCAGGCUCUCCGAGCAGUGACGACUCCAACUGCGGAGGGUUCAACAAAUUACGGAGGCGCAAGUUAUCGUUCCGACGACGAACAGAAAAAGACGAUGCGAAUGCUGGAGAAAUUAAGAAGUCCCAUAAGUCUGUGAGACGAAGACAUAGGGAGGAAGCUAACAACCAGAAGCAGGAGGCACAUCGGAGCUCAGUGUCCUCUCACUCCAGUGGUGAUGAGGGGGAGGGGCCUGUUGUGACGGGCCUCGCCCCUCCUCCUGAAAUACUGGGUGACCCACAGGCUCAGGCGGCGCCCAUGAACUUUAAAGAGAACAGUGAGGGCGAUGGAGACCCCAAGACAGGGAACACCUGCAACGCCCUGUCAGGUGCCCUCUCAGGCGUGUCGAACAUCUUCAGUUUCUGGGGGGACAGUCGGGGCGGUGGCCAGUACCAGGAGGUUCCCAGCUGUAGCCUGGCGUCCCCGCCGACCCUCAACACGCCGAUACACUGCCUGAGCCGCCAGCAACGCAGCCAGCUGGACACGCGCCUGGACCUGCUGCAGAAACAGCUCAACAGGUUGGAGAGUCGCAUGUCGACAGACAUCGGGGCGAUCAUGCAGCUGCUGCAGAGACAGAUGGCUCUGGUUCCCCCUGCCUACAGCGCCGUCUCCACACCACCUCAGGCCUCACCGUACCCUGGUCCCGGUCCAGGACCCCUUCCAGGAGAGAUGCUGGUUCAGCCUGUUACGCCUCUAGAGACAGACACCCUGGCUUCUUUGUCGCAGAUCUUGGAUUCCCAGGUCUUCGAGGAGUUCCCAGCCAAGCCGGGUGACUCUCUGCAGGCCCAGGAAUCUCCUCUGAUCAACAGCAGCCCGGUCCAGCUCACUCCCUCCUCGCUCAACAGCCUGGGGCAGCAUCUGGAGCUGGAGCUGGGACUGGGCACUGGGGCCGGGGUUGUUUCAGGGCCACUGGUAGGUUCGGGUUUAGGUCUGGAGCUGGGGAGCGCUGCGGCAGCGGCCUCGAGUUUGGGUGCAGAUUUAGACUUUGGCUCAGAGAUGAGCGUCUUGGCUGGGGCCGGGCCAGCGACCGGCUCGGGGGCGUCUCCCCUGGACGCCGAGACUCAAAGGAGGCUGUCCCUCCAAGAACCACAGACGCCUCUGGACUCAAGGACACCACAGAGACACAGCUCCGACCCGGGGGGGAGCUAAGAAAGUGGUGACGGGUGAGAGGAGAGUGGGACGGAAGGGAGGGAUACAGGGUGAGAGUGAGUGAGUGUGAUGUUUAAUCCCGCAGUUCCUCCACUUUCCUCCGGGGUCAACGUGGCACUUUUGGAGAUCGGGAGGCACCGACCUGCAACGCCACCAAAACCCUUGAGGGCAUCGACCUCUCAAGUCGGGACAGCUCGGAGAGAGAGGACCCGUGUGUUCCCACCCACAACCCCGGCCCCUUUAAUGAAACAUCUGGAGCUUUCUGAACUUCACAACAACACAACCGUUAACCAAAACCACAAACUGGGAGCGGAGAACAGCUCUGCCUCUUGACGAACACUGUACCAGAUCGGAUCUGGUCCGGACCUCUCCGGGACUUUACACACACACGAACGACUGCUGACCUGUAGAAGAAUCCCUUUACUGCUGUAUCCAGAGUUGGAUGACUGACAAGAACAAGCAACAUCGUACAGAAUAACGACGAAACAAGUAGCCAUUUACGUCUUGCACUGAAAAUCCUAUUGAUAUAACGAUUAUUCUAUUCUAUAUGUCCGUGGCGCUUCCGAUAAAAACUCGCAAACUGGUUGGUAUAUUGUAGUGUUAGCUGGCCUAACAGGAAACCUGCUGUCCCGUCCUGUCAUUGGUUCCUUCCUCCUGAUGUCCCCCCUGCCCCGCGCCCCCCCCCCCCUUCCCAAGAGCACACUGGAUUGGCUGGUUUGCACCUCAGGGGUGGGAACUGGAGGGUUAAAAGCCAUGAAUUUUUCUCAAUGCACAUAUCAGCUGCCCGAUCAUUAACAUUGUACAGGUUUGCUCGUGACUGAAGAACACGUGGCAGGCUUCGGCAGUGUGGUAAACUGGCAAACUUUACAGGUUCACCAUGGGAACAGUGCACAUAAAAACAGCAAAGUCAAUAUUGAAACAAGCAGGAAACCCCAGCUUACUGAUUCAAUGAGCUAGGAGUUGUGAUUUUUUAGAGAAGCAGAUAAGUUGUGUUUUAUUACCAAACACAACGAAGUCAACAAUGGCAUGACGCUGACCUGCUUCGAUUUCCAAAAUGGAAUCAUAAGCACCUGCAUGAAGGACAGCUGGCGGAAUGCUUCUAGAUUUUUUUCACAGUUGAAUUUGCUACCUCAGAUGUCAUUGGUCCUGUCUCUUUUCACCCGAGCGAGCGCCCACAACGCUUUCACCUUGUACAUAACAGUCUGUCAUGUCAUGUGACACGUAAAUAUACAAGUUUGCCAGUUUACAGUGACCAGCCGAAUGCGCCGUUAUUCUAUGUACCGUACAAUAUGCAAACACUGGCAAGAAGAGAAGAGUGAGUGUGCUUUAUUAUUAUUAUUAUUAUUAUUAUUAUUAUUAUUAAUAUUAUUAUUGUGUUUGAUUAGUUUGAGUCCAGAUUGUUUGUCCUCGUUUUUGUGUCUUUCAGUGUGCAGAGCAUGGCACAGUAGGGUAUGUUUGCUUCACAUACACUGUACGGUCACUUUAUUCUAACGCAUCGGAAAUAUUUCUCAUUAUUUUUGCCCCAAACUGAUUUAAUGGCCUGUUUAAACAGUCCAAUGACAGAUCUGGUGUUUAUGACUUGAAUCUAGGCGGCACAAGUGAAAACCCUUUAUAAUGUAGGUUUGAAGAUACACAUGAAGUCAUCAAAGUACAUUCGAAAUUCUUUGGGAAUAUUUUAUAUUUAAUAUUUAUUUGUUUCCCCAAACACACAUCUGAUGCCUGUACAGAGGCAAACCGACACGUGACAUGGUUGAUUCGAUUGUUGUGAGGAUUCGUUUCCGUUUAAUUUAACGAUAUUGUGUAGGAUUUGAAAAGAAAGGUUCUUUCCCCCCCCCAGGAUUUACGCGAAGGCGCGCACACAUUUCAGAAAGUGGUGAUGGAAAUGAACAAGAUGUUGAAAAGCUGGUACGAUGACACAGUCUGGAGUUUUACCCAGAUACCUCAGGGCCGGUGGAAGUGUACGGAACAAUAACAGGAGCAGGUGCAAUGAUCCCACCUCACGACUCGGAGGUUGUGUCAUCUUUUCUGCAGAAGUGGCAUUUCCACUGAAUCUUCCAUGUCGACCAGUUUGAGUUCUUCAGAUGAGGGAAAAUGAAAACAACAAAAACAACCUGUGUGUUUCAUCUUCAAAUUGUCUUCCCUGUGACAAAAUUACAAACAGAAGAGCCUUUUUCCUCCAACAACACAGCGAGGAGUCGAGACAGAGGCGGGGAAUCCUGCUGAAGUGCAAUAGUCCUUUAAACAGUUAAGCCUUGUAGCAGCUUAACCACACCCCUCAAUUUUUUAGCACUUUAUUCUUAUUGUUUUGUUUUUUUUAAACCGUGCAGAUGUUUAAUAAAGACUCAGGAACGCGUCGUCGAUGCCACACGGUUCGUUUUCUUUCAUCUCCGAACUCAAAACCAACCAAUCAGAAAAAGAAAAGAAAAAAAAAACGUUGGUGGAAUUCCCCUUUAAUGCAGAAUAAUGAAGAUUGUAUUUGCCUGCUUACUGCACUAAGCAAUUUUAUUUAUUUAUUUGUUUGAAGGAUCAUUUUUGGGGAUUGUACGAUUUGUCACACACGGCUCGUUUGGUGGAGCAAGGCGAGGUCUCUGUUCAUAACCCGGGAAUUCACUGCCAUGCGUCCACUCGUAAUAUUUAUUCAAUAUUCAUAUUCAUGGCUAUAAGUGUGUAUUAUUCAUAUAAUCAUCAAUGGUAAUAACUCUGAUCAAACUUCCUGAAUGACACUCCGAGGAAGCCUGUCGUCAUCGUCAGUGUCUUUGCUUGACCGGUGACGGGACUGAUGAUGUCACUUUAGUAUCGAACCAAAUUGAAUUAGCAUCAGCGACAUUCUUUUAAUUCACGUAAGAAUUCGACCCUUCUGUGACAUUUACGUUAAGAAAAAGAAUAUUAUGUGAAAAGCUAUAGUUUGACUCCAAAUGAACUUGUCAGUGCAGCUGUAUUAUCUGUUCAACUAAGAUUCUUUUUUUUUUUUUUACAGUGACUUGAAAGAUCAAUGUUUUUUUUUUUUCAACCAGGACGGUUUGAAACAGUUGUUGUUAAAAGGGGGAGGGGGGUUUAGAUUCCAGCUGCUUUUCACAUGAAUGGUGAUGCAGCAUUUUACCGUCUUGUUGUUGUUGUUGUUGUUGUUGUUGUUGUUGUUGUUUGAUCCUGGUACAAAAGUUGCUAGAAUCCCCAAAUCUGCAGAGUCCCUCCGUCCUCUUCUUGUUCUGUCUUAUCUGGUUUACACACCCCCUAACCCGUCGCUUCAUUUUCACCAGCGAUCCCUGCCCGUUGUCACCAGGGACCUCCACAGAUCUCCAGUAAAACACAGUGACGCUGGCAGUGACAUGUUUAUUUUUCAAUUUUGUUGCUUUUUAACCGUUGCAGUGCUGAGGUAGUGAUCUUCAGAAGCGGGCUCUCCUCGCCAUCUCACAUGCUGUAGCGAGUGUCUUCUUUUUUUUGUCACUGUUCAAUAACAGUCACCUAGUGGCCUGAACUGUAUCUUUACAUUCAGAACUAUGACCUCAAAACUAGAAUGUGGUUGUCGUCGACUCUUCUCCUUUGACCCCGUGUGUGACGGUACCUUAGUCUAAUAUUCACCGCUAUAGAAUACAUUUAUGUAAUGCAUAGUGCAUAUUAUAACAGUAGAGGGCGCAGUUUGGAGAAACAACACCCAACACAACAACUCAUGGGUGGACAGGGGAAUAGGUGUUUUGUCGGGGCGGGAGGUGUCAGAGGACGUUAGAGUUAUUUUGCCCUUCUGAAUUUUGACACACACUCACACAGAAGUACACACACUUCCCUUAAUGGCUCUUCCAUACCACCGAGCUUUUUUCCCCAGCUCCGUUCAACUUUCUAAGAGUUUUCCGACAGACUCGGGUCCUUGUGCUUGUAGAUAUUUUGAGGACUUUGGGAAGGGGUGUGGUCGGGUCGGGGUCGUGCGUUUGGUACCGUUUACACAACACUGGAUCUGCUGUCGGCCCUUGCCUGUACAUACCAACUUCUACUACUUGUAAAGGAAUCAAACUCUUUGGCACUCGUAUAGCCAGCACUAUGCAGAAACGGGAAAAAAAUAGUUCUUUGGCAUGCUUUGAAAUGCAGAAUACUAUAGAGGAAAAACAUACGCGAAAUAAACAAAGUCUGCUCUAAUUUCUUACUAAAAAUGAUCACCUUCUUUGACAAAAAAAAAGAGAAGCUGUCUAUGGUAAAGAUGGAUGUGAUGAUGAUGAGGGAUGAGGAAUUCGAGGAAGCCUUUCAAUAUUGUGCACAUUUCUACUUGCAUGCUGCACUGAAAAUCAUCCAGCAAUGAGAGGUGUUUGACGUGCAAAGCAGCUGAUUUUUUUCCGCUGUGUGCUUGCAAACUGUGUGAAGAGUGAAACACUGAAUUCUUCCGAGUUCUUCCGGGAGAGUCAUAUUUAUAUAAACAUAAAUAAAUAAAUAUAUAUAUAUAUACAUACUACUUCCAGGUCAUGGAAGAGAGGGGUACGGAAUAGCUGCGAACAUAGUGAUCCUAGAAUGAUACAAUAUUAUAUUUGUAUCUUUGGUUGCAUACCACUGUAAUGGAACGAUGCAUGUGUUGCAGUCCUGGGCAGAACUACUACUGAUUCCCCAAAAAAUCAAAGAGCACUUGAUUUACCUUGCUCGGUCUGUGUUAUCACUUCUGCCCUGGAAGAUAAAUCAAGUGCACCUUGAAAUGUGUUUUUGUUUUUAAUUUACAUUUUUUUAAAAUUCUGCCUUUGCCCACUCGGGCCGGGCCGCACCCUGAAGAACAACUUUUGUCAACACAUCUGAGUGCACUUGUGGACCACGUCUCACUUUCUGGGGGUGUUAAAUAUCUUUAACACAUGUUUGCUGAAAAGGUGUGAGUAGCGUGUUGUCGUCCCCCAAAAGCCUCCCCGAAAUGUUUUGACAAUAGCAUCAUUUUUUUAACAGUGUAUACUCCGUGGGAGUCCCAGGUAGAUUCAUGACCCUGGGCUGGUCAACGGGUUGCUUCUUAUAAUACAUUAUUCAUAUCAAGUCUUCGAAGAAAGGGUAGAAGGGGGAAAACGGUGAAGCUUCAGGUUCUGAUUGUGUGAUUGCAUUAUCAAUGGUUGGACUUUAUAAAAUUUCAAAAAAUAUUUCUUUCAAUAAACCUCUUUGAAAGCAAAA